GGGGGCCCGGUCAUGGCAUCACCACCUUGUGUUGUUGACUCGGACUGGGUGGCGGAGCCUUUGGUAUACACCACCUCUUUAUCUAAUUGUGGAGUUUCGUUUCGAGUAGACGAUUUUCCUUCGAGCAAUCCUGUGUGCGAUCUCGAUGCCGAGCACGUGCACCUGGUGACCUGAAUCUCACGUAUCGUUCCAUCGCACCUCCAAUUAACCACGGAACUGUUUUGUCAUUUAUGGACUUAAGUGGAGUCGCGGAAAGUAGAUGAGUUUACCGCAGGGCGAUUUCGGAGAGUGGCAGCCAGCGGAAGGGGUAGAUCGUAACAAGAUCGCGGUAACUGUGUGUUUGAUUGCUUGAAGUUUACUGAGACUGGCUUUCGCGUCGGCAUCAUCCUCAUCUCCACUAUGCUUGGCGACGCUGGCUCAAGGUGCUGCCCAAGGCCCUGGUGGCUACUCCAGAGGCCACAGGUCAGCUUCGUCCCCGCUCGGAGGUGGUUAUUCCGGCGCGGCAUCUUCUUGCAGUGCCGACGAAAACUUGGUUGCAUCUUUUGGUUCGAAUUUGCGCGGCAACGGUGAAGGAUAGUCUCGGCGUGGUCACUGUGACUGAGUGUGUCGAUUCAAUGCACUGCGCAGCUGUGGUGGAGCGUUGUGUUUUUUGUAUUGGAUGUUUGGAGAAGUUAGUAGGAUGAUUCGUAUUGUGUUUUCCGAAGUUUCUGAGACUCGGUUGAAGCUGGAGGAAGCAAAUGUUUAUUUAUGUGUUCUUUCGGAGGCAGAAUUUGGGUCCGACUGAUGGGGUCUGACUGCUUGGAGGUUGGUGAUGGGGAGGACGUGGUUUCUAGCAGACCAAGUUUGGCGCUGGAAGUAUCUGAGUCUGUUUGAGUAGCUGCAGCUGUGGUGUUUUGGUGUGCGCGCUUUGGGAGACGUGGUAAAUAAGAUAGUGCUGGAUGCAUUAUUGAGCAAGCGGGGUUUUAGAGCCGAGAGAUCCCGGAAGCUUGCUUCAAGUACUGGCAUUUUGCAUCGCAAGAUAUCUGGCGUAUGAUUCUUUUUCGAAGAACUUCUACCCCUUCGUGACUGGUACCGGCUCCUUAGGGUUUUCGCUAUUCUUACGGAUACUUUGUGGAUAAUGUGGUCUGCGGGGAAACUUUCUUGGCGAAGAGUCAAGAAAGAAGCGGGAUCCUCUUCUGCUCGGAGUAUUGUUGAAUAUGUCUGACCACGGAAGGUGUAUUGUAGCUAUUUGCAGAGCGCAAGUAAGGAAAUGUUUUGUGUUAAGGAAUUAGAUAUGGGAGGAAUGCCUUGAGUAUUAUCGCCCGCAUCCUUCGUUUAGAUUUGGUUUUCAGCUGGCGUAAACACGUGCUGAGACCCUUGGCUAUGGCAAGUUGUUGUCACGAAUUGAAGCUUUGACAGGAAACCAACCGGUGGGGUGAGGAUGGAGGGAGGAGGUCCUUUCACCCAGGGUUCAGCAGGACCUCAUGUUCCCUCCGUAGCAGAGGUUAAGCAAGAACCAAGGACGGGCUCCUGGUCGUCUGAGGACAAUAAAUAUGAGGUAGCAAUGGCAACAAAGCCGGCCCUGGACAAGGAUUUUCUCUGCCCUAUUUGCAUUCAAACUAUGAAGGACGCCUUCUUGACUGCAUGCGGACACAGCUUCUGUUACACGUGUAUUAUGACACAUUUAAGCAAUAAGAGUAAUUGUCCUUGCUGCGGAUUGUACCUUACCAACAAUCAACUGUUCCCGAAUUUUUUAUUAAACAAGUUGCUGGGAAAGGCGUCCGCUUCUCACCUUGUCAGCAAUGCAUCGCCAGCUGAGAAUUUACGACUUGCCCUACAGCAGGGUGUGGAUUUACCUGUAAAAGAGUUGGAUUCAUUGAUGCGCUUACUGUCGGAGAAAAAACGGAAGGCCGAACAAGAAGAAGCCGAAACCAAUAUGGAGAUUUUACUGGAGUUUUUACAUCGGUCUCGGCAACAGAAGCAAGAGGAGCUUAGUCUUUUACAAGGAGACCUUCAGUUUCUUAAAGAAGAUAUCAUUACCGUGGAGAAGCAGCGUCAAGACUUGCUGCGUGCCAAGGAGAAAUAUGCUCUGAAGAUUCGCAUGAUUGGGGAUGGACCAUCGACCUCUAUGCCGGAUACAUUAGCGGCAUGCGAAAAGACAAGUAAGAGUGGAGUCACUUCUCAGAAACGAGGUGGUCAGGGUGGUGCAUCAGUUCCAUCUACUUUGCUCACCAGCCUCAGUAUGGAUUACAGAGGACGUGAAGCUUCAACUGGAACGUAUAAGGCGAUGGUAGGUGGAGGUGUAUCUUCUGGCAAGAAUCAAUUAGAUUCGCAAGGUUUAGCACCCUCACCAGCGGUGAUGACAAUGGCAAAAAAACGCCGUGUGGUGGCUCAGUUCGAGGAUUUGCAAGAAGCUUAUUUACAGCGCAGAAGAAAAGUAGCACAAGUUCAACGUCAAAAACAAAAUGUGAAUGAGGCGAUUGUGCGCAAGGAUGAAGAGGUCCAUUCUGCAGGUUCCGAUCGGUACUGUUCCGGUUUAAAUGAUUUCCAGUCCGUUCUCACUGCAUUCACACGCUACAGUCGACUGCGUGUAAUUGCAGAGUUACGGCACGGAGAUUUAUUUCAUUCUUCAAAUAUUGUUUCAAGCAUUGAGUUUGAUAGGGAUGAUCAGUUGUUUGCAACAGCUGGAGUUUCAAGGCGGAUUAAAGUUUUUGAAUUUGCAACAGUUGUCAAUGAGUUGGCUGAUGUCCACUGUCCAGUGGUGGAAAUGUCAACUAGGUCAAAAUUAAGCUGCCUUAGUUGGAACAAAUACAUCAAUUCACAUAUCGCUAGCAGUGAUUAUGAGGGGAUUAUUACUGUCUGGGAUGUUAAUACGCAUCAGAGCAUUAUGGAAUAUGAGGAGCAUGAAAAGAGGGCCUGGAGUGUGGAUUUUUCACGAACUGAUCCGACCAUGCUAGUCUCGGGAAGUGAUGAUGGCAAGGUGAAGAUAUGGUGCACGAGGCAAGAGUCAAGCGUGAUAAAUAUAGACAUGAAGGCAAAUAUUUGCUGUGUGAAGUAUAAUCCUGGAUCAAGCAGCUAUGUUGCAGUUGGUUCUGCGGAUCAUCACAUUCAUUAUUUUGAUGUGCGCAAUUCUCAUAUGCCCCUGUAUAUGUUCAAUGGGCACCGAAAAGCUGUUUCGUAUGUUAAGUUCUUAUCUCCAACAGAGUUGGCUUCUGCAUCCACCGACAGCACUUUACGUCUUUGGGAUGUUAAAGAUAACUGCCCGACAAGGACACUGAAAGGACACACCAAUGAAAAGAACUUUGUUGGAUUGACUGUCAACAGCGAAUACAUCGCCUGUGGCAGUGAAACGAACGAGGUGUUUGUGUAUCAUAAGGCCAUGUCUAAACCGGCAUCUUGGCAUAGGUUUGGAUCUCAAGACGCUGAGGAGAGUGAUGAUGAUACCUCUCACUUCAUAAGUGCUGUGUGCUGGAAAAGCGAGAGCCCUACCAUGCUUGCAGCCAACUCUCAAGGCACAAUCAAAGUCUUGGUCCUUGCUCCCUGACUACUUAACCUCUAAUUUCACAACUAUCCGUCCAGGCUAUGAGCUGAAGGUUACAGGUUACAAGUUGCAACGACGUCAAAUGUUUUAGUAGAGAAGCAUAUCCCAUUUUUUGAGUGGUUCUUGUAUUUUACCCUCUGGUUCUUACCCGUGAAUGUUGCAUAAGUUUAUCUAUCCUGGGGAGCCGCAUUUGACAUGCGGCACAGCUUGACAGGUUCUUGCAACUCACCUUCAAUAGGUUUUUUUCGCGAUAAAUGCUAGUGUGGUGUGAACUGCGAUUGCUGAGACUUUUGUUGGGAACUUAUUUUCCCCUUUUUUCGCGAUAAAUGCUAGUGUGGUCCAUAUAUUCUCUCAUUCAGAUGUCGCUGUCAUCAGCCCACAUUGCUAUUAGUUCAUGGAAUAUAAGGAAUUGGUUGUCCUAGACAGCAACUCUGGUGAGUGAAGUUAGGCGAUUUCUCUUAUACUAAAGCUGCCAGGUAGUACAGUUGUUGGUUGGAGGAUGCGAUUCCAGUACUUUGGAAUGGAUGCUUAAUAUGUAGUCAAGUACUCUUUGUAUUAGUUUGAUGCAGCAGCAAUCAGUUAAGUGUCUUCAGGAAAUUUGGAGCCUUCUUUAAGGAGCUGCUGAAGGUUUCUGAUUCUAGAUGCCAGAAUAUUUCCCAUGAUGUAUCAUCUUGUCAUGAUCUGUAAAGGCUCGAAGCUUACAUUUAAUUCAAUGGUGAACUAGUGAUCUUUCUUGUA